GUUCUGCCUGCUGAGCCCACUCCGUGACGUCACUUCUCCCCGAGUCCCAGGACCACCCACCAUGUCGGCAGUUACGGAGGUUCAGAACACCACAACCGAGGCCCUGGCCGCCCUGCUAGACGGGGGUGAAGGCGCCCUGGUGACGCUGGUGGCGGGCGAGACGAGGGUGGCGGCUCACAGGGCCGUGUUGGCAGCCGCGAGCCCCGUGUUCGAAGCGAUGUUCGCGCACGACAUGCUGGAGGCCAGCUGCGGCCAGGUGAGCAUCGACGACGUGGAGGGCCCGGUGCUGAAGCUCCUGGUCGCCUACACGUAUACCCUGCAGGCCCCCCAGCUGCCCGACACGGCCGCCCAGCUGCUCUCGGCGGCCGACAAGUACGGCUUGUCGGCCCUGAAGGCUGCCUGCGAGCGGCAGCUGAUCUCGCAGUUGGCCGUCGAGACUGCAGCGGCGACGGCCGUCAGGGCAGUGAGGCACUCGUGCCCGGACGCCACCAGGGCUGCCGUCGCCUUCAUAAAGGACCACCCGCAGGUGAUGGCCACGCGGGGCUGGGCGGACGCUGUGCUCGAGUACCCGCAAGAAGUCAUUGAAGUCUGCAGUAUGCUCGGAGAGCCACCAGCAGAAGACAGGUAA